AUGAUCAGAAUAUCAGAAACGCUGCUUGUGGUAUUCUUUAUGCUUUUUGUUCCGCUUUCACAAAGCGAUCAACUUUUGCUCGUCCAAACGGUAUUUCGGCACGGUGACCGUGCUCCCAUGGGAGGGAGCACCUCUCCAGAAUCCGAGGCCUACUACUUUAGAGGGAAAGCGCACCUCACUAAUAAAGGAUUAGACCAAGCACGAGAGCUGGGAGUCAGUUUAAAGCAUCGAUAUGCUGAUAAAGGUUUUAUUGAUGUCCGUUACAUCCCCUCCGAAGUGACCUUCUUUAGUAGCGCUUCCGAAAGGACUUUAAUGACAGCUUCAGCGGUCUCGUCAGCUAUCUUCAACCAUACAGCCAGUGAUCAAGUGGUUGCAGCUCCUAUUUUCACAAAACCUAUGAAUGAAGAUUACGUUUGCGCUCCACAACUUCAGUGCCCAUUGGUAUUGGGACAGAUGGCUCAGUUACUUGGUGUUGAGGGCACAUCGUUUGAAAUGGAAGACUUGAUAAAAGUGCUUUGCAAAAACGAAUCGGAGCGCCUAAACUAUACACAAGUAACCGGAGAAAAACUGCAAACUUUUGAAUCCAUAUAUUUUGAGCACGAAUCAGGGCUUGCUGUGCCACAGUGGUUCGAUGACGAUGCAAGGAAAGAGGCUGAUUAUUUGCUGGAUUUGACUAUCCAGUUCAUGGCUGGUGUAGGCAAGUACCACAAUCCAACUUGGAUUCAAACCCGAUCAGGUAAAAUGCUAUCGUUGCUAAUGAAGAAUAUGGAAGAGACACUUGAUGGGAACUCAACAAAAAAGUUUAUUGCUUACUCAACGCACGAUGUCAUUAUCGCGUCGUUGCUCGACUCAUUGGGUAUAUUGAAACGAGCUCUGGCUCCCAUGGGACGACCUGCCUUUACAGCAGCGGUCAUCUUUGAGCUGUGGAAAACGAAGACGAGCGACCCAUACAUGAAGGUGCUGUUUCGCCGUGGAUCAGGUUUUGAUAACUACACCGACUUUACAAGUAGAGUCCGUGGAUGCAACAAAACGAUGCAUUGCCCCUUAGAUACCUUUAUGGAGGCCAUGGAGGAGUACAAAAAUGACGAUCCUGAGCAGUUGUGUUUGAGUACGGAAACCAAAUGGGUUCCUCCAGCUAAAAAGGAUAUUCAGCUAAUUGCCAUACUCAUGGUCGCCAUUGUCGUUCUCGUGGUACUGUUUCUCGCUGCACUGCUCCUCUUGCUGCCCUGUCGUAAUCCUAACAAAACGAAAUUGCAAAUUAACCGAUCAAGCAACAAUCUCGAAAACAACCGACGAACUUCAAGAACAGCAAGGGCAUCAGCCGAAUAUAGUCGCGACGAACAAAUAGUUCAAGGCUUCUACUUUGAGGGCACAAGUCGACUUUCAGAUUUCGUAUUGGAUGCGCUUAGCCUCGGCAACGAGGAUUUGGAGGGAUACAGAUUGAAUUCGAUAAGAAGCUUGCGCACUAGUUACUGGAUCUCUCUGGGUACAUCCGAUGAAGAACGCGAGAAAAAGUUCAACUAUCUGCUGGAGCAAAAAACUUUCUACUGCGGCCAAAUCAGGACCUGUAUCGCAGAAGCACUCGAGGAUGUCCGUUAUUAUCGCCUCGACAAGGGAAAACUUGUGCCUUCAAAGGUUCAAACUUAG